CUGACUUAUAAGGCUUGGCGCCGGCGCCAGCUGAUACUUUUAUUCGCGGCGCUUAGCUGGUAAGGUCUGCUGGGGUGCCGUCACCGAGUCCCGCUUCGCAAAGGCGCUUUUCCGGAGGAAGUCCCGCUCGUUAAUCGCUCACACAAUGUCAAGACGCAGCGCUCGAGUCACGUUACAGCCCAGGGACGAAAAUGCCCCCGCAGAGAAAGGCAAAGUGGCAAGAAAAAGGAAAUCGGAGUGCAGCAAAAGAAAAGCACCUCUCUCUGCGAAAAAGCACAGCUAUGAAAUCCAGAACCGGUGGGCGCAAGGAGCCGUCAGCCCUUGCAUCCUAAUAGAGACGCCCUGCAAAGAUGAAGAGGUGACCAGCAACCUGUCUGGGUUCAAGCAGUACAGGUUCAAAAACCUCUUCAUCAAAGCUCCGUCUCUGCCGUGUUUGAGUUGGGCUAGUUCCGAGGACGUCUGGGUCAACAUGCUGAGCAAAGAGCUGAAGUACGUUCAUGACCGGAGCCUCAUGGAACGCCAUCCUGCACUGCAGCCCAAGAUGAGGUCCAUUCUCCUCGAUUGGCUCCUGGAGGUGAGUGAGGUGUACACACUCCAUCGAGAGACCUUCUACCUAGCCCAGGACUUCUUCGACCGGUUCAUGCUGACACAAGUGGACGUGCAGAAGAACAGGCUACAGCUGAUUGGCAUCACGUCUCUCUUCAUCGCUGCUAAGAUGGAGGAAAUCUAUGCCCCCAAACUGCACGAUUUUGCCUACGUUACGGACGGUGCCUGUGACGAGGAGGAAAUCCUGGAGAUGGAGCUCAUCAUCUUGAAGGCCUUGAAUUGGGACCUGUGUCCAGAGACUGUAAUCUCAUGGCUGAAACUAUACAUUCAAGUGGCCUCUUUGAAGGAUGACAUCAAUUUUCUAAUACCUCAGUUUUCUCAAGAGACCUUUGUACAGAUCUCUCAGCUCCUAGAUCUGUGCAUCCUUGAUAUUAAUUCGCUGAAGUAUCACUAUGGAAUUCUGGCAGCUGUGGCCUUCUGUCACUUCACGUCGUUCGAAGCCGUCGAGAGAGUGUCAGGUCUGACGUGGGACACUUUGGGCGACUGCUUCACCUGGAUGUCGCCGUUCAUGAAGGCAGCGUGCGAGUGUCCUGUGCAGCUCAAGGAAUUCAAGAAAAUAGCUCCGGAGGACAGACACAACAUCCAAACACACGUGGAUUACCUGCUCAUGCUGGGUAAUGUUCAGCAGAAGCAGACGAGCACCCCCCAACUCUCCCCCAUUCCUGCUGGAGGAAUCUUGACACCCCCCAAAAGUACAGAGAAGGGCGUUUCCCCCUGAGCCUGACACCCUCCAUGGGGGGGCUCACCUGAGCCAAUCUGCCUGCCGGCCUCCGCCCCUCCGCUCAGGUUUUUUUCUAGAAAUUUAUGGCAGCUUUUUAUUUUUAAAUGGAUUGAUUUUUGUAAGCUGUACUUAGGCUGUGAAAAGGAUUUUACCUGCUUUUAUUUUCCUUUUACCCAAUGAAAUGUCUUCCUGAAGACACUCCUCUACCGUGGUGUGAUUUAAAUCGGACUCUACACACACGUUGCUGUAGAUGAGGUCGUCGCUAAUCCUGAGCAGUCAGGCCUGGAAGGACCUUUUGGGAAUAUUGUUCUGUUCUGCCUUCUACAGAAUCUAUAGAAGACUCAGUAUUUAACUCCUAUUUUAGAAUAUUUAACCCGAUGGUCUGGUCCUAAGCACCUGCAUUUAGGUGCAAUUUACUUGAUAAAUUCCUCUAAACUGGUUGUUCACGCCACACAUCGAGUUCUGUGCAGGUUUUUAGUUCAGCUGGUGGGGGGGUUUAUGAAUUUCCGUUAGUAAAUUGACUUGGGAAGGCUCUGUGACCCCCAACCCCCCCCUCCCCCCCGACAGAGGCUCACUGCACACAACACAGGAGUUAAGCUGUCACACCUCCUAAUGAUCUGAAUGUCUAGAACACUUCAGCACGUGCACAGCUGUGCUAAACUGGUGCUAAAAUGGAGUUUGUUACCCAUGCAGUAGGAUAAUCCCACCUGUGGGGUGGGAGGGACCUAUGUUUUGCAAGCCAUGUUAGGUGUGUAUGUGAGGGGGGGGGGGUCAUACGCUCCCCUAUAUCAGAAUCUGAUUGCUUUGUGGUUUUUUGAAGUGACGGCUGUCUCUUCUCUUCAUUGCCGCCCCCACCCCCCCAUGAGAGGUGCUUUUGUGUUUGUUGUUAGUCAUUCCUGAAAGACUUGAGUUUUUAUUUUUUUUUUAUUUUUAUGAAAGUUGGUGCAGAAUUAUUACAUCUAUUUAUUAUUGUCUAAUGUCAAUAUGUAAAGGUGCCUACAAGCAUGAAUUGACUUUCCUGUAACUUAACACUGCCAAAGGCAACUAUGUGCAUGUUCAUCACAGCUGUACAGAGCCCGACGUUCCAGGGCCAACCUGAACUCCAGCGACCAUCAGGGAUGUGAAUUUUUGUGCCAUUUCAAAGCUAGACUUCCAAUAGGUCAGAAAUAAACGUCUCCCACCUCCUUAGGUACAGAAGUGGACCAAGUCUGCUCAGAAUACGAUAAAUGACAUAGUUAGCAUGUAUAUAGGAUGUAUGUAUAUGUGUACAUAUAAAUUCAUUAAGUGAUUUGUUUAUUUUCUAAUGUGAAAUAAAGCUCUACAGCUUGUCUGUACAGUGACGACA